CGCGAAAUGGCCUCUGUACCCACGUUGUUUUGAUGUAAGAAUUAUCUUAAAGAAUGUGUUAUCGAUGGAGCCACCUUGCGGAGGUGAAGAUCCUGCAAACAGGACUGGGGGCACAUGACGAAUUACAAGCAGUCCGGUGUCAGUGUACCAGGGCUUUUAUCAGUGAUUCCAGGCUGUAUAAGCAGGGUCUGUGGACAGAGUCAGCCUCUGAAACAGAUGAAGAUGAGGAGGAUGAUGGCAAGGUUAAGGACAAACCAACAGAACCUGUUGCAGUUGUCCAUUCAACAGGUCUGGCCUCCAGCCCAACAGAGAAGCUGGAUGUCGACACUGUGUCAGAUGAGUUCGUGAAGAUGGCAACUACCGAUCAGAGGUUAAAUCAGGCAUUAAUCAAAGAGGAUGAAGAGGAAGACCUGGAGGAAGAAUGUCCUUAUGAUAAUGAAGAGCAGCUUAUGAUGCAGCAAAUGGGCUUACCUGCCAGUUUUGGAUCACAGAAGUCCAAAAAGAAAGCCCAGACUGUGGUAUAUAAUACUGAAAAAACAACUUCCAAAAAGAAACGAAAAAAGGCAAAGAAAUCAAAACACAAACACUUGAAAGAUGAUCCACCAGUUGAUACCGAGCAGUAUGCAGAAGAAACCAGCCAUGGCGAAACCUUUGCUCAACAAACUAUGUCUGAUAUGAAUUUUCAAUCAGCUUCCGCUGAUGUGGAACCAACACAGGACCUGGAGACAGCAUGGCAGGAGUUCUGGACGAAGUAUGGGGAGAUGGUUGUGUGGCAGGGUUGGGUGUCGAAAUAUCCUGACCAUAUUGACUAUGACAAACUCACAGUGAUGCCGUCAGUGGUAGAGGUGGAGGUAGGAGCAGGGGAUGAGCUGGUGCUAGACGAGGAAGGCAGCUGGACUGUCAGGGCGAAGGGGGAGGGGCAGGGGGAUAUGGAUGUAGAAAAGGAAGGGGAGGGGCAAGUGACUCAGGAUGCAGAAAGGGAAGUGGUUGGGGAUGGAGUUUCACAAAGGAAGAGGGACAUAGGGUGGAAAGGUGUUGGGAGUAAUGACGAGUUAAUGCAGGAUGAUAUUCAUGGGGUUAUAGAUGAAAAAUGUUUUCUAAAACCUCUUGUGACAGAGGUCCUAAAGUCUGAAUGUUCUGAUGGUAGCAGUAUUCAAACAAAGUUACAUUCUGUUGAUGUUGUUGGUGUGUGUGGCAAAGGUGUUGAAAGUAUAGAAGCACUGAGUCCGCUAAUACCUUCAACUAAAGCCUCAGGGGAUGUAGAAUGUGUUUCCAAGGAAAGUUCUGAAACAGUGGAGCAAGUGCAGGGUGAUAUUUCUAAGAGAAUUGGUGAUAAUUUUGUGUUGUUCAACCAGGCUAUUGAAAGCACAAUGAAAUGUAGUAGUGAACAACAUCAGGCUGAAGAGCCAGCAGUAAAUGAACCUGAGACACUAACAGGAACUACUGAAGUUGUUCAAAUGAUGCAUAGCUAUGCAUGUCCUCAACCAAUGGCAGAGCCUGACACAGGUGAAACUGACCAAUCAGAGAUUAGGAAGAAAGAUGGUGAGGAGGAAGUCAUGGAGGAGGAGGUGAACUGUGACAAAAUGUGGACGGAUCUAUGGGAAGAACAUUACACUGAAGUCUACUGGUAUCACUACAACAGAUUCACAUCAUGGUUCACAGAGAGUCUAGAAAACUACCAUGCACUGAAAGAUAAAGCUAAUUCAGAUAAAUUAACAAUAGCAGAAGGUGUUCUACAAGUUGGUCCUGAUGCAUCAGAAGAGGUCAUGCAAGUAGAAUCUUCUGAACCUUUGAAUCCCAGUCCUGACAGUGGUCUAGAAGCUGAAGGACUUGGGGUUAGGAUGACAGAUGAGGGAGAUGAAAGUCACACAGGCUGUGAUGAAAGCAAAUCCUUGAUUUCCAGUAAGGCUUGCUGUGAUGGCAAGCAGUAUGGUGAUCAGGAGCAGAAUUUGCCAUGUGCAAAGCUUACAGAGAUGAAUCUAAGUCUUAACGAUGUCAAAAGUGCUGUAAUUACUCCUGAUGGUGACAGUGGCCAGUUACUUCCUCUUCCACAUCCUGCUGAGCAGGACAAUCCUGAUGGAGAUGCUGAGGAUCAGUUGAUGCCUCCUCCACAUUCUAUUGGGCAGGACAGCCCUGAUGGAAAUGCUAGAUAUCAGUCGAUGCCUCUUCAACAUCCUAUUGGGCAGAACAGACCUGAUGGAGAUGCUGAGGAUCAGUUGAUGCCUCCUCCACAUUCUGUUGGGCAGGACAGACCUGAUGGAGAUGCUGGACAUCAGUCAAUGCCUCCUUCACAUCCUAUUGGGCAGGAGGGUCCUGAUGGAGAUGCUGAUGCAGAACCAUGUGAUGGAAGUGGGACUGGAAAGAGAAGGCGCAGAAAAAGUGGUUCUCAGAACAGUCAGUUAAUUCAUUGUCAAGGCACAGGGGAGACAACUUCAACCUAUAAGCCAACCCAGUCAGAAGAUGAUGGUGAGGAACCUCCUGAUGAAGUUCCUAUAAAGCUUCCCAAAGGUCAUGAAAUAGACGGCAGUCCCAAGAAAAAGAAGACAGUUCGGGAAGCCUUAGAGUCUUUUGGCUACAAACUGUCUACUGAGGAAAGUGAUACUCUGCCUAGAAUCAAAGAUGGACAUGUAACAUACAAGGAAGCUAAGGUUCUGAGUCAGACUCGAAACCUAAAUCUUGGUCAGAAGCCUGUACACAUAAAAUUUGAUGAUGAUGGCAAACCAGGGGAGAGUAAAUCUCUGAGGAAAGUCAAAUCUUUCCUGCUCAAACGCUUAAAAGUAUCUCAGGACUCUGAUGAGGUUCUAGAGGAGCAUCUUGCACCUGCAGCCAGUAAGGGUGUGGACUUUGAGGAUGGUGAUUCUGAGCAGCAGAAAGAUGCAUCUGUUGAGGAACAUCUUGUGCCUGCAACCAGUACAGAAGACAAGGAUCUGAUCUUGGAGGAUUCAGAUUCUGAACAGCAUAAAGAUGCAUCUGUUGUUUCAAAGGAAGACUUACAGAUGGAUAACGUUGAAACUGUUUCCAAGCAGGACACUUGGGAUAAGGUUGUGUCAAAAUCAAAGUCUAAGAAGAAGAAAAAGAAGAAGCAGAAACGUCCCAGUAUUCCCAUGCCUGAAGAUGUUGCAUCUGAUGAGGAGUUGAAGAAGUACUGGUUUCAGAGAUACAGGCUGUUCUCCAAGUUCGAUGAGGGCAUUAAGCUAGAUAGAGAGAGCUGGUUCUCUGUCACGCCGGAGAAGAUAGCGGAACACAUUGCAGAGAGAUGUCAGUGUGACACUGUCGUAGACGCCUUCUGUGGCGCCGGUGGAAAUGCUAUACAGUUUGCUUUCUUCUGUGAGAGAGUAAUCGCUGUUGACAUCGACCCCGUGAAGUUAGAGCUAGCACGCCACAAUGCUGGGGUGUACGGUGUGUCCGACAGGAUAGAGUUCAUCCUGGGGGAUUACCUCCUGGUGGCCCCAACCCUCAAGGCUGAUGUGGUCUUCCUGUCCCCACCCUGGGGAGGGCCGGAUUACCUGGGGUCAGAGGUGUAUGACCUCGAGACCAUGAUAGAACUCAAGACUUCCAGGAUAUUUGAAAUGACAAGGAAAAUCACAGAGAACAUAGCAUUUUUUGUGCCAAGAAAUGCCAAUGUUGAACAGCUGACGGCACUUGCAGGUCCUGGCAGGAGUGUAGAGAUUGAACAAAACCUCCUUAACACUAAACUCAAGACCAUCACUGCCUACUAUGGGGAGCUCAUUCUGGAUGGCGAGGAAAUCAUGACAGACACCCACUGACAUGUGAAGCUUUAAGACAAUUUCCUUCUGACAUGUAACUUAUUCUGAAGUAAUAGUCUUCAUUGUGGUGGAGUACCCGCGUGGUUGAAGUGUACAAUUGUAAUGCUGGAGACCAAGGUUAGAUGUUCCAGAAGGGUACAGUUUGUGGGGCUUGUGUUUGGUGAUACUGGCAUGGGUUUCUUUGUAUAUUGAUCAGGAUGAGAGGACAAAAAAAAUACUCAAGUCACAGCAAUGAGGGUAAGACAGUACAGCAGGCAUUUAUGACUACAGGGGAUCGAAUCACUGUUUGGACAAUGAUUUUUUUAAAUAAAUAUCUAUAUUUUUGCAACCGUAUAUUGUUUUUAUAUGUUAUGAAAUGUUAUAUUUCAAAUUUGAAUGAAAUUCUCCUGCUAACUUACAUAAAGUACACAAUGUAUUUUAUGUAAGUGUAGCAGGAGAAUUUUCUAAAAAAUCCAUUUCUUCACUCAUUUCGUUCAAAUUUGAAAUAUAAGUUACUCAUAACAUAUAAAAACAAUAUACGGUUGCCAAAAUGUAGAUUUUUAUUUUCAAAAAUUAUUGUCCAAACAGUGAUUCGAACCCCUGUUCGACCAUCGCUUCUUUACAAAGGGAUACACUUCCAAGGAGGAGAGCCGAAGUGAUAGUUUGAGAAGUCAUGAAGAGGACUUGUCCUUCGGGAGAAUUCAUUGUACCUGUGAUCAUUGGAGAGAAUUUAUUGUACCUGUGAUCAUUGAGAGGUUAAGGACAUGUUAAGACCCUUUCACCAGGAAUGUCAUCCAGGACAUAAAAAGAGACACACAAAAUAGAACAUACAUUGAAAGUGAAACAACCAAAGUCUAGAAAAAUGUUUGCUGUUGGGCGUAUUAGUAAUUGGACUGUUGGACCGUAACUACCGCAGCGAUCCAAGCGGACAAAGGGGCAAAACUCCAGGAAUGUUCCCCAUUGGAUCACAGGCAAACAGUAGCGCAAAUAGGGCUGCGCAACACAGAGAUAAAUGACCAGUACUGUUCAUAUUCAAAAGAAUAAUGAGGUUCUUCACUUUAAACUGGGGGGGGUAUGGGCAGCUAGCUUGUCUCUGUGCAUAGUUGUAUUCCGUGUCAUCUCGGGUUCAGAUGUAAUUGUUUUUGAGGCUCGCAUGUCCUCAAGAUCUUCAAGUGACCUGGACAAAUCCCAUAUCCAUGAAUUCAGUGGCUCAAGUGAUACAAAACCACAUGUGUAUUGCAAGGUGGGGAUGUCCUCAAGGGCUCCUUGCAAACGGAUGGCUAACAUCCUCAUCUGCGUGGGAUAGAUUUUUACUUAUUUUUUUCAUUUCCUCAUCUUAUAUUCACACAGAAUUCAUGUACAUUGUGUAUAACUUUUAUCACAUUUAUACUUUUUAUAAGCUUACUGGUAAAACAAAAAUCGCAAAAUUAUCAAAUUUUUAUGGUCAACAGUGAGAUAUACUUGAUCAACAUUCCAAGCUUACUGUAAUGUUGAACCUCUGGUGGGAGAUUGGAUGUCAAAUAACACCAACAUGUAACUGUACGAAUCAUUUUAUUAUCAUUAAAUGUACAUUAUGUGUA